CCCGACGCUCCAGGUCGGCUUUUGCCUGCAGCUCUAGUGUUCUUGCCAAACUCCAGCGCCCGGCGCUCCGCUCCGGAGCUGCCCCCGCCUCCCGCACGCUCCCUGCCGGCUUUGGGAAGUCGGGAGCGCCCCAGCUACCGUCUGACGAGUGCACUCCGGGACCUCGGGCAGCGCGGCCAGCUGGGGGGCCCGACCGGCGGCGAUGAAGCCGUCUUGGUUGCAGUGUCGCAAAGUCACCGGCGCAGGGGGACUCGGGGGGUCCCUGCCCGGGUCCGCGGCGGCGCGGGGGGCCGGCCCGGCCCGCAGAGCGUACGUGGCCCCCGGCCCUCGGGGCGCUCUCGGGGGCCGGGGCUGCCGGGCGCUGUCUACGGCCGGCGGUGGCGGCGAGUACAAGACCCACUUCGCGGCCUCGGUGGCCGACCCCGAGAGGUUCUGGGGCAAAGCGGCCGAGCAGAUCAGCUGGUACAAGCCCUGGACCAAAACGCUGGAGAACAGAUACCCCCCUUCCACGAGUUGGUUCGUGGAAGGGAUGCUUAACAUUUGUUACAAUGCCAUCGAUCGUCAUAUUGAAAACGGUCAAGGAGAUAAGAUUGCUAUCAUCUACGACAGUCCUGUGACAAAUACUAAAGCAACUAUUACCUACAAAGAGGUUCUGGAGCAGGUCUCUAAGCUGGCUGGUGUUUUGGUCAAGCAUGGUGUCAAGAAAGGUGACACCGUGGUUAUCUACAUGCCCAUGAUCCCACAGGCGAUGUAUACCAUGCUGGCGUGUGCAAGGAUAGGAGCCAUCCACAGUCUCAUAUUUGGGGGAUUUGCAUCCAAAGAACUAAGUAGUCGUAUUGAUCAUGCAAAGCCCAAGGUGGUUGUUACAGCAUCAUUUGGGAUUGAACCUGGAAGAAGAGUAGAAUACAUCCCCCUUCUAGAAGAAGCACUGAGACUAGGACAACACAAACCAGAUAAUGUGCUCAUUUAUAAUCGUCCAAAUAUGGAGACAGUUCCUUUGGCUCCAGGUCGUGACCUUGACUGGGAUGAGGAGAUGGCCAAAGCACAGUCACAUGACUGUGUUCCCGUUCUUUCGGAACACCCGCUGUAUAUUCUUUACACGUCCGGAACAACGGGGCUGCCCAAGGGUGUCGUGAGACCCACGGGGGGAUACGCUGUGAUGCUAAACUGGACGAUGUCUUCUAUCUAUGGACUUAAACCUGGAGAGGUGUGGUGGGCAGCCUCUGACUUAGGCUGGGUUGUCGGACAUUCCUAUAUCUGUUAUGGACCCCUUCUACAUGGGAACACAACAGUUCUGUAUGAGGGAAAGCCUGUGGGAACACCAGAUGCUGGUGCUUAUUUCCGCGUGCUCGCAGAGCAUGGAGUAGCUGCCUUGUUUACAGCACCGACUGCAAUUAGAGCCAUCCGUCAACAGGACCCUGGGGCAGCCUUGGGGAGGCAGUACUCUCUGACAAGAUUCAAAACAUUAUUUGUGGCUGGAGAACGAUGUGAUGUGGAGACCCUGGAAUGGUCCAAAAAGGUCUUCAGAGUACCUGUCCUAGACCACUGGUGGCAAACUGAGACUGGAUCCCCAAUUACAGCAUCAUGCAUUGGAUUAGGUAAUUCCAAAACACCUCCUCCAGGACAAGCAGGAAAAAGUGUUCCAGGAUACAAUGUUACGAUUUUGGAUGACAACAUGCAAAAACUGAAGGCUCGAUGUUUAGGAAAUAUUGUGGUAAAGUUGCCAUUACCGCCUGGAGCUUUUUCAGGACUCUGGAAGAAUCAGGAGGCAUUCAAGCAUUUAUACUUUGAGAAAUUUCCUGGAUACUAUGACACCAUGGAUGCUGGUUACAUGGACGAAGAAGGCUAUUUAUAUGUUAUGUCUCGAGUUGAUGACGUGAUAAAUGUUGCGGGUCACAGGAUUUCUGCAGGUGCUAUUGAAGAGUCAGUCCUUUCCCAUGGCACUGUGGCGGACUGCGCUGUUGUUGGCAAGGAAGAUCCUUUGAAAGGCCACGUCCCCCUAGCACUCUGUGUGUUGAGAAAAGACAUAAAUACAACAGAGGAACAAGUUUUGGAAGAAAUUAUAAACCAUGUUCGACAGAGCAUUGGCCCUGUGGCUGCUUUUCGAAAUGCAGUGUUUGUCAAACAGUUACCCAAAACGAGGUCUGGCAAAAUUCCCCGGUCAGCUCUGUCUGCCCUUGUCAACGGCAAGCCAUAUAAGAUAACACCUACAAUUGAAGACCCCAGCAUUUUUGGGCACAUAGAAGAAGUGCUGAAGCAGUCAUCAUGACUUUGUUUCCUAUUUUGAGUCAAUUUGAAUCAAUUUUCUAAUUGAUUGGAGUCAAAUUUUUGGAAUUAUUUCCCAUAAAUAAAUAUUUAAAUAGAAAUUACUUGCAAACUGAAAUAUGAAUUAUAAAGCUUGGUCUAAAAAAACAGUACUUGAAGCUAGUGAAAUACCUGUGCCUUCUGUUUCAUUAGACCCAAAGAGCAUCAUUUUCAGUUGUCUGUAACAUGGCUCCUUAGAGGUUGUCUAGCACUUUAAGAAAAAUAUAUCUAAUGAUUGAUUUUUUUAAAACUGAACCCUCCCAAAUAUUUUAGUUGAAAGAGACACAUUAAUAUAGAGUUACUUGCUGAAAUGAGGAAUCUGUAGCUUUGACCUAAAACCUAAAAGUCAAGUUGAAGUCAGAAAAUUAUAAUUUUUCUUACAGCAAUUCUGAAUAUUUUCUAAUAUUCUUGAGAUGUCCUCAUGCAUGUUUAUUUUAAAUGAAAUCGAUAGAUAACACGGAAAGUCUUAGGUAAUCAUCUAUACAGAUGAACUUCUAGAUAGAAGGAUCUGGCUUGUCAUACAUAUCCUGAGGGAAGGUUGGCUACCGGAGCGCAGCUCUGCCUUUUCGUCAUCUUUUCUUAGUCAAGGGAAAUCCUGUGCCUGGUGGAACCUAGAGGUCAUUUUAUCCAAUCUCUUUGUCAUGGAGAUGAGAGCUGUUUGGAGAUCCUCCUCCUGUCUCAGACUCCUAGUUGACUGUACACUUAAGGAUUCCAACUUCCUAUAAAAACAAGCAAAUGACACAGAAAUGGGGCAUACUGAUAAGGAAAGUUCGUAAGGAAGAAAGAUAAAAGUUUUUACAUUAUGCUAAAGACCAGGAGUUUUUAAGAAACCCCAAAUCCAGAUUUUUAUGUGGAAUCUCUAAUUUUUAAAUAACUCACUGAGAAAUAUAUUGUGACAUCCAAACACAUCUUUUGAUUUAAACUUACAGAAAAGUAUUGAGAAAUUAAGUAAUUGAAAAUGAGUCUUUGUUACUAAGCUUAUGGUAAUGUGCCAGUUAGCCAGAGUAGCUUGACAUAGCUAGUUAAAUAUGUGAUUUACUUAGGAUUACUUAGGAUUCUACAUGGUAUUGGUUAUCAAAGAUACAUUUAAAGUAAAAAAAUAUACCAUGCCCACUGAGUCUUUGAUGGUGCUCAAAGUAUUUCCCAAUCUUGCAGUCCGUCAGGAACAUUAUUUUUAAGAGCAGCUGUCCUAACCUAAUGGUUUGGGCACAUGAAACAGAGAGAUAACAUGUAAGAGCUUAUUGACUUGUUUGUUUCAUAAAAGUUACUUAUAACCAGUAUAAGACAUUCUGAAAAAUAGUUUUUUUGGACCAUAGGCUGUAUAAAUAAAUGGCUUCUCAAAGGAAUGUCCUAUUUACUUAAAUCGGCUACUUGAUUGUUAAACCUGAAAAAAUAUAGUCAGCUCAUUGUUCUCCUGAGUUACACCAACUAGAUAGACAUUCAACUUAUAAUUUGAAGCUGUCGGGUUCCUUAAAGUGUCUCUUCUAUUGGGUACAUUUCACUCAUAAUUGCAACUUAAUCUUGAUGAAUAAUACAUUUUUAAUGUUUAAAAUGUAUUACCUUAUUUCUUCAUAUAAGAGUCAGUUAAUUUGAAAUGGCAAACUCUUUAGCCGAAUGCAUAUUGUCGUUCAUUUGCAAGGUAUAAACAAAGACAUGUUCCAAGGGUACAUUUGUCUUGCAAUCAGUUCUGAAGGGACAUGUUAGCAAUCAGGCUUGAGUUAUUUUCCAGUUGAGUGGGAUUGGAAAACAGUGCAUGAGCCUGGAGAGAAAGUACUGUUGCUUUCACAUGACCAAAGUGAUACCCUUGAUCAUGUGACCAAGAAAGAUACACUUAAGUUGUGGAUUGCCUAAAAUUUGGAAGAAAAAAAAAAAGGAAUUUUCUAUUUAAUACUUACCAUAAAGCACUUUCACUAGAUUGUACCUAAAAUAUUUUGGAUUAAAUGUAUCCUCAAAAAAUACAAUAUAAUGUUACUAAUACAGUCAUAUUUAAAUGUGCUGAAAUAAAGUCUGCAUGGCCUUCUUUUGA